AUGAGAAACUCCCUUCAUCUGAAAAUUUCCAGCACGCAGAAAAAUAAGUUCAAUAGACUUAUGGAGAAAAGAGCCGAAAAUGUCUGUACCACAGCAUAUCAAAAUAAUAAAGAUUUACUCCAGAAACCAACAAUUAAAAACUUGUCAUCCCGGCCUCUUUCUGCAUUGGAAGAAAAAUUACUCAACCUAGGACUGAACUUUUCUCUUCCCAUAAAAAAUGUUGGAAACAUUAUGAUUGACACUGCAGCGACCCUGGAACUUCGAAUGAUGGAUAUGGAACUGACAGAUAAUGACAAAAACAAAAUCAGAACCGGAGUAGCAAGAAUAAUGGCCAAACACAUUAAAAAAGAACAAAUCCAACAAAGAUGGGAAAAGUGGAUAAAUAAUUCAAUCAGAUCCUUACUUCAAGACAAAACAAUAUGUAUUACUAAAGCGGACAAAGGAAAUUGCGUGGUCAUCAUGGACAGAGAAACGUAUAGAGAAAAAAUGGCUGCAAUGAUCAUGUCUGGUCCAUACACCAUGCUAAACCAUGACCCAACCCCACUUCAUGCGAAAAACGUUGCAGAAAAGUGUCAAAUCUUGAAAGAAAAUGAGAUCCUGCCCGAAAAUAUUUUACCACAAUUAAUAGAAAAGAAUCCUCGAGCUCCAAUAAUUUAUGGUGCUCCCAAAAUCCACAAGUGCAACAUCCCGUUAAGACCAAUUGUGGAUUACAGAUGCUCCCCAACAUAUAAAUUGUCCAAAUAUUUAGCAAAUAUUCUAACUCCAGUCGCCUCAAAAAAUGAAUUCUCAAUCAAAAACUCUACUGAACUCGUCAAGGAUCUAAAGAAAUUAAAAUCAAGACCAGGUGACAUCAAAGUUUCUUUCGAUGUUACCUCUCUCUUCACAAUGGUCCCAAUACCAGAGACUAUAGAUUACAUCAAAGAAAGAUUGGAAUCAUAUCCACAACUCGCGGAAUUAACAAAACUGUCCGUGGAAGAUAUCAUAUCACUCCUAAGAUUAUGUACAUCCGCUUCAUAUUUCCAAUUAGAAGAGAAAUAUUACAAACAAAACCAUGGGACAGCGAGGGGGUCUCCUCUUUCCCCCGUGAUGGCAGAGUUUUUCCUUCAAAAACUGGAAUUAACACUUAUCAGAAGCAACCCCCACAUCUACUUUUGGAGACGGUUUGUGGAUGACGCCAUUACAUUUACAGAAAACCAACUCAAACAUCCCAAUAUCCCAAUUUCCGGUCAUUCCACCCUCGUGCUCACAAGAUUGGUGUCAUCGACACACUACUUACCAGAGCCAUCCGACUUUCAGACGUGGAACACCUUUAUGAUGAAAUCAAACUUACCAAAAUCAUACUAG